AUGCUGCUCUAUUCUCCCACCCAUAUAGCUCUAGCUGCUUUCAAAUAUGCUUUGGAUGCCCAGGCGCGUGCCGUCGAGUUGACACGCGAAUUUCUGCAGCGGAUAAGCGGCGUCGAUGAAACUCACCAUGGCAAAGAAUAUGAAAGUCAUUUGCCUCGAGAGACUCCACUCCCGACGGUCAGUUCCCCACCAUUGCUGACAAUCAAUAGCGCCCAGGACGAUUUUGCGCAUUUUGGCCAAUAUGUUGCGGUUAUUUUGCGGAAAAUGGCUGGUGAGGGCAAUCGGCUGGAGGCGCUAAAGCUGCAAAAGAAGAUCUCCGACCUAAUCUUCGAGUCUCAAUUCGACAUGUGCCAGGAAAAA